GGGGAUGCUGGGACCUCAAGAGGUAGACACAGUUCACGUCCAGCAUUUGUGGUCAUCGAUUGGAUGCCAGUGUGUGGAGCUUACUAGCAGUCUAGCUCGGGUGUGUGUGUGUGUGAGAGAGAGAGAAAGAGAGAAUUUUAUUUGGUCGUGUCAAUGUGCGAUUGUGUGUUUGUAUAUAUGUGCGUACUUACUCUCCAUUCUGCUCCCCCAGUUAAAAGAGUAAUGGGCUUUCCGGCUAACGUCUUCAAGAUGACGAUCUGGCAUUUGUUUCCAUUUAGUCCCCUAUUUUUUCUUACCCAUAUCCGGAAACAGUGUUGACAGUGACUUGGUCACCUACCAAUGGCGGCAAAUGUGAUGUAGUCACAGGUCUGGUGCUGGUACAGCGGCAAUAAGACUACUCACAGAGUCUCCACCUGCCCGGGGGCCGCGAUGAGAAGCCUGACCUCAGCUCCGUGCUGCAGUGGUACUUGCAGGCGGCCACCCAUCCUAGUGUCGGUGGUGCCGGUGGUGUAGCCUCCAUCUCUCGUCGUAUACGCCGUCCCAAUCAAUAGUUUAACAUCGAGGCCAACGCCGCGGGUUCAGUUCCUGGCCUUACACGCGCAGUCUCAGCACCAAGUGGAAUGGCAAGCCUCGCUUCUGCCUGUGGUGUGUCUACUUCUGGUCUCUGUCCUUCCCCGACUCCGUGCAUCACCGAUAAAGGUGGAGAGAGGACCAUCGCAGUGCUUUUGCGCUCGUGUUUGCAUGCGCGCGUGCAUGAUUCUUAGUGCAGGCCGUGACGCAAGGCGGCUGGUAGCAGUCACGUGUGUUGUCGGCGUCGCCGAUCAAAGAGGACGGCGGUGGCUUGCAGGACUGCCUGGUGCUGCUGGAGAUAGCAUCACGGGGCGCAGUGGUGAAGGAGCCUGGUCAGCAGCCACCAUGCUGAGUGUUUAGUUCCUGUACAGCUUGACAUAAUUGCAACGACAUGUCCACUGGCUCAUGGGACGAAUCGUCCAACUUAGUCAAAGACCUACCUUCACCACCUGCAGCUUGUGAGCCAGACGAAGUGUUUGACAAGUCAGAGACAGCAGCAAGCAAAGAGGCUGUAGACAGCCAGAGUGCUUCUGGAUGGAUUAAGCAGGCUUCACCUUCCCAUAAACAUGGUUUAUUUAGCAAGAAGACCAAAGCAUCUAAGGGUUUAGGAUUUCUAAUCAAAGCCAGUAAAGAAGGGUCAAAGCGCAGAAGCAAAUCUCCCUCCAAGUCUCCAGCAAAGUCUCCCCCCAAAGAUGAUCUGACUGAGGAUUGGGUAGAUAGGGAGCCAGUAGAUGAAAACAUCAAAGAAAAGUCUGAGCAAUGGCAGGCCUUCUUUCAGAUGCAAGAUCGCAUCAAGCAGAAUGUUCUGAAAACACAGUCAACCAUUGGGAAACUCUCAGCAGGGCGCAUUUCACCGUCCGGCCGGAUUUCUCCUGCAAAACAGCACGAACAUCUCCGAGAAGAGGAGACAUCCCCAGUUCAGUGGACCAACUUUGGAGCAGAUGAUGCUCCUCCUCUGGGAGAGAGUGACAUGCAAGAGAAUGGUGCUGAGAAUUUUCCCCACGAUGAAGUGCAGUUUAGCAAUAAUGAUGAUACUGAGCUGUCUACGCUGAUUACAAGUGUGAAGGAUUUGCCACACUUUCAGUUGACUCCUGCAGUCUCGUUGCAUCAGCAGUAUAAAAGCAGACGCCUAAGCAUGGAACAGGAAAACAAAAUGGAUCUUCUAGCUUUUGAGAAGCCAGUACCACCUUCAACUCCUGUUGAGCCACAAGGGGAGAGUGUAGAUCUUCUAGGUCUGUCCUUGGUCACUGACUCAGGAGACAUGGGAUCACAACCUGCGCCUAUCAUUGUUAACGAAGACCUCCUUGGUCUUGAUGACUUUCUUAGUGGUCCACCAACUGCCAUUGACCAAACUGGCAAUGACAGCCUGAUGUCAGAUUGGUUUAUGGGUUCUGGCACGACCUAUAGCAGUGGACAGUCAUCCCUCUGCUCAAGUCCCAUCUCCUUUGACCCAGACUUUCUUGCCGAACAAAGUCAGUUUGCUUCAGACAGCACCGCAGUGUCUAACCUUGCUCGUAGUCUUGUGGAUGAUUUUCUUCAAUGGGGUGCAGAAGCUGAAAAAAAGUCAGCAGAACCUCUGUCCAGAAAUCCUUUUCAGUCAGAUUCCUUCCAGACAUUAACAGCUGUGAAGCCAGAUGCCUUCAAUCCUUUUGCUACAAUUGUAGAGUCUGAUGAUGCUGAUGGAUCCAGCGAAUUUCCACCAAGCAGUGCGGCUCCUUCCUCUGGUGCCACAGAUACUAAAACUUUUGGUCUCUUUUUCACCAGCAAAGAUAGAAGAAGUUUUGGUAAAGACUCCGCAGAUCCUUUUGACCAUUUUGAAUGUGCAGUAUCAGCACAACAUUCACAAGGUCUUGCAGCUAGUGGGAAAACAUUCCACGAAUCUCCCCGAGGAUCAUUGUAUGGGGAACCCUCUUCAGAGGCUAUUACCAAAGCAGGCACACAAAACCCAUUCCUAGGCAAUACCACUACAUCUUCACAGGCUGUCUUUGAUGAAGACUUCUUUGAGAAAAAGGGUGUCCAGAGCAAAGGGUCCAAACAAGAUGCAGAAAGCAUUUGGGGUACAGCUGAAACUGGUGCCUCCUCACAAGCAUUUAAUCCUUUUCAAGAUGAUCUGUUUACUGCAGAAAGUAUUCCUACUCAUUCCACUGACAACACUGCUGAUGCAGCAGGAGAGUUGUCCAUUCGGCCCAUCAACCCUUUUCUCACUGCCAGUUUUGAGAACAUUGCUGCCAACCCUACCCAGUCGGCUGAUUUUCUUAGGCUCUUCGUGGCCUCAACAGAUGAAACCGAUUCCUUUGGUGCCUCUUCUGCUGUCGCUUCUUCCCAUGAGACAGGAGACACUUUUGAUCCAUUUAGCAGUGCACCUGUAAAGGUGCCAAAGCCUGAUUCCCUUGGUAUGAAUUUUGAGGAUGUUAGCAGGUCAACCUAUGAUAAUGUUGAUGAAGACAAUCAAGAUAGCAGAAAUAUGUCAGGCUUCUCUGUUAAAAUCCAGGCUGAACCAAUCAAUUAUGAAGGUGCAGGUGGCGCAGUUCCAACUCUUCCGCCACCUCCCAAGCCACCAAAAUCGCCUCAGAUACCCACAAGAGAAAACCCUUUUGAUCGAGAUUCCCCACCAGAAGAAAAUUUUGCCAAAUUUCAAGUGGAUGAGGAGAGCAUCAAGGUCAAAGAAGUCCCAGCGGAGAGGGGUGUGCUAAAGUCUGCGUCCUCUGAGAGCAGCAGCCCAGAAGAGGAUGAGUCUACAGAGCCUUUGGAACCUUUUAGACCAGUCUUCUCCAAAACAAGCUGGAAGCUAAUGCUGCGCCAGCCCAUCAAGAAGAAGUUGGCUGGCAACAGAUACUGGAAAACUGUUUAUGUGAAGGUAAUCAAACAGAAAGAGGGCCCUGUGCUGAAGGUGUUUGAAAAUGAAGACUGUGAAGGUGACUCUUUCCAGGAGCUACCCCUGCAGCCUUGCUACUCUGUAUCCGAUCUGUCAGUGCAGCAGUUUGACCAGUUUGGGAAAAUUCACACUGCUAAGGUGCAGUACAUCUUCUAUCGCGAACGAGUUGGCAUCAAACCAGAACGCAUCACGCCAUCUUUUGUCAAGAAGCCCAAGCCUACAAUGGUGCUGGAUCAUUCUCCUCAAGUGUCAGAGCUUCUGAAGUUUGGCAGCCUUGAUAAAGAUGAAAUGUCUUCAUUUAUAUGGGAAAUGGAGGACACAUUCAUGAAGUUGGAAUCCUUUCGAGAGAAGACAUUGUCAUACACCAAAGAUGAAAUUCAAGCUGAGGUAUGGGAUGAGUAUAUGGCCGUCAUCAACAAGGACGGCCAUACCUUGAGUCAGAAAGCUCGUGUACGAGUGUUUGUCUUGGCUUUUCUCACUGGCAUGCCCAACUGUGAGCUGGGCAUCAACGAUAGAACUCGCAAAGGAAAAGAAGUUGUUGGACGACAUGAUAUCAUUCCUGUGAAGACAGAAGACUGGAUCCGCAUUGAGAAUCCAGAGUUUCAUUGUGUGGUAGAUCUAGAGACUUUCAAGAACACGCAUAACAUUCGCUUCCAUCCAUUAGAUGCCUGCCAGUUUGAGCUGGUUCGUUUCCGGGUACGACCUCGGGAAAACCGUGAACUGCCCUUGCAGAUGCGUGCCCAACAAAUCAUGAAAGACAGGCACUUUGAAAUCCGCUGCGACAUGCUGGUUACUGGAUACCAUGCUUUCAGCAAAAAGUGUGGUCAGUUUCCCUGCGAGGAUAUUGAGAUUCGCUUCAAAAUCCCUGAACCCUGGGUGUACUAUUUUAGGUAUGAGCGGAAGUUCAAGUAUGGCUCCAUAAAAUCCAUGAUGCGAAAGCCAGGCAAGAUCAAAGGGCUGGAGCGUAUAACCAUGAUGGCACAGGGUCUGAUGAGUCCUACUCUGAUGGAAGCCUCAGUUGGCAUUGCCAAGUAUGAGCAUCUGUAUCGGAGUGUUGUCUGGAGAAUACCACGACUUCCAGAACGCAAUCAAGGAGCAUACAAGAACCACAUGUUUGUUCUACGCUUGGAUCUUGGUCCUCAUGAUGAGAUUCCAGAGGCAUUUGAGGAAUGGGCCACCGCUAGUUUCACCAUGCCAGCAACCACAGUGUCCAAGACACAAGUGCGUUCUAUCUCGGUGGAGAACCCCAACCCACCGGAGAAAUGGGUUCGCUAUGUAGCCAAGUAUGAAUAUAAGGUACAGAUGGAGUGCAGAGUAGAGACCACGUCAGACCUGGAGGGUGGUAGUGACUGAAUGCUUUGUGAGAUUUCUUACCAAGCAGCAGGUGAUAGUUCCCCUUGAUGCUGAUUUAGUAGUUUGCCAUAAUAUGGAAGCAAGCAGAUGAUUGUCUGCUGUUUUUGACUUGUUUCAUUCCAUCUUUACUUCAUAAGAAUUAAGAUACUAACAUUUGAGGACAGGUCUUUGUAUAUUAUAUCAGUGAUGCUGGAUUCAAGGUAAGUAAGAAGAGUCUGACUGCUUUUUAUGUUAGUACUAAUCCAAGGAUUUUCAUCCACAUGUUAUAUUGGCUUUCUGCUGCUUUGUGUAGUGAGUCUCAGUGUACAUGUUGCUGUAGAGAUGUUUAAUGCCCAUACCCAACUGCACUGCAACAAUGGGGGUUACAAAAGGGUUUGAUGAUUGUGAAUGCAAUGUUAAGAUUGUUUUGUAAUGGAGAAAUAGAAUGCCUUAAAAUUGCAACACUUUUUUUAAAAAACUGACAUUUUUCAGUGAGCAAGUCACAUGUGUACCUGCAGAUAUACACAUGUGCAAACACAUACACAGGCAUGCACACAAGCUCACAACCAUGCAUAUUUAUUAAAUCCUUAAUAUUAUACAUUUGUUAUCCCUUCCCCCCCCCCAAAUCAAAAGUUUAUAGCUGUUUUUGUCAAAAAUAUUUGCUGACUGUGGAGGUGAACAUGUACAGAGCUCUCUUGUUUAGAGAAGCAAGCAGUGAAAAUUUUAAUAUGACAAAAGACAGUAGUGGACAAUUUGGAUUUUGAGUUGCUGAAUAUGCUGUGAGUAGAAUUCUAGUAUAGUUUAGCAGAUGACUUAAUAACCCUGUGCAAGAUGUACAUUUAUAGAAUAAAUAUGUGUAUGUAGAACUUAAUAUAAGUUAUUUGCAAAAACAGGAAACAUUGAAAGACUGAUAAAAUUGUGUGUUAACAACUUUCCAGUACCAGCACACCAUAAACUUUUUCCAGCAAAUGGUGAAUCAUUUCAUGCCUGGUAUAAUCAUCUAGGUGCAUAUUAUGCCAUUCAGAAGUUAAAUAUACAUCUGUGUUAAUGUUUUGAAUUCUGUACUUAACAUCUUCAGAUUGUCAUCAUCCAACUGGGGAUGUCUUUCCUUUACUUGGUUGUGCUCUUGAUAAUCAUAAUGUAAAAUGUACAUAUCAGCCUCAGCAAAAUAUUAAGGUCUGGCAUUUAGUGUCUGACAUGGUGAAAGGAUACAGCAUUGUGCUCAUAAUAAAGGUGUAAUUACUGAACAUAGCUGACAUAAUUCAUUUUCUGUGAGAGUCAAAGAUAAUGAGAAUAUGGCAGUCUCAAAAGCCAGAAUAUCAAAAGAAAAAAAUUGACUUGAAAAGCUUUGCUUUUUGAAAGUCAACAGAUUUGAUUGAUCAGUUGGGGGUAGAGUCACAACUACAUUUUGAAAAAGCAUGAAGUUUGAUAAUAAACAAUUGGAAAAAGCAAAGCAGCAGAGAUCACAUUGGUUUUUUUGGUAUACAGACUUUUGCAGAUGAUGGUAUGAGCUGGCAACUGUGUACUUUCUCUUUUGUUUGUUGGUUUUUUUUUAGAAGCACCAUGACAGAGGAAGGAAAUUAGAAAUUUUAUAUUUUUAUUCUUCACAGUGCUGACCCUUGUUCAUGCAGUCUUGCUGAUGCUUUCAUUUUGAAACCAUGGGCUAUUUCCUCCUCACUUCUUUAACUUGGUACAGCAAGAUUAUGAAAUGCAGUGACUGGAUUGAUUGUUAUGUACUCACUGAGGUGAGAAAUGUGUGGCACUACCUGGAGCUAGCUGAGAAGGAGGAUUGAGUUUGUGUAAAUAGCAGCAGCAAAUUCUUUGGUCACAUCAUGUUGCUGUGUGAAAACUGAUUUGGUUUUCUUUAAAGUUGUCCCAAAGACCUUGAAAUUCCAAGACAGGUACACCACAUCUCAACUGUUUUCUGUGAUUCUUGUAAAGUCACCUGAUACAUAAUAUGUUUUCUGACUAUUUUGUUGUGAGUCCUCUGAUUGAUUCGUUUUAAAUGGUCUUUGACAUGAAAAUGUUAUUUUAGUAACUAACACUUGAAACCCAUUGAAUUAAUUUCACAUUACUCAUAUUAAUAAUGCACGUAAUCAAAUCUGCUGUAUUUUUUAUUUGUGGUUGGCAAAUUCACUGCAUAAAGAUCAAAAUGAGAUAUUUCUUCUCCCUUUUUACAUUUUUAUACUCUCUGUUUCUUUUUUCUUAAGAUUGUCUCAUGAUACAAGAGUGAACAUUCAACUAACAGGGUUUUCUUCAUUGUGGUCAUUUGCUUUAUUUUGCUUUGCUUUCCUUAGAUUUGGAUAGACAUCCUGUUUAUCAUUUGGGACAAACAUAUUUACAAAGACUUAGUGGCAAAGACUUACUGACAUUGUUGCCAUGACAUUGGAAAGAACUGGAAAUGACUACCAUCUAGUGGUAUUGUCUCCGUGUUGAAAUAUCUUUUUUAGUGCUGUUUUGAAGCCUAACAGCAGUUAGAUGCAUUAAAUACUAAUAGUUUAAAUUUACAAAGUGAUAAGGUAAUUUGGGGGAAGGCCUUAUUCUUCUUGCUUUACUUGAAUAUGCAUAGUGGAAAAUUCACAUUUACUGGAUGUAUAAACAAGAAACUAAACCCAAGAGUUAACCUGUCCUCAAAGCUGUUUCUACCAGUUAAAAUGAACAAAUAUUUGAACAAACAAAAACUGUAGGGUUUGGAGGGGUGGGUUUAGUUUGCCCUUGGCUUCAUGGCAGACGGAAAGAUCAGGUAAAUAUUCUUUUUAUUUAUGACAAGAAAGAUACAGUCUUUAUUUUUUAAAUGGUACUUUGUAAAUUUGUUAUGAAUAUGGCCAGAAAAGGUCAUUGUCCUUAGUAGAUAAAUGUAUCGUUCUAUAUUCCUGGGAAAAAUAAGGAAGUGCUCUAGUCUUAAGCUUAAUCUUAUUAUUUCUGCCAUACCUUUAGGAAAAGUUAUUCUUUCUCUUACUUCUAGUCACAGAAAGCAUUUCAGCAACUACUCUUUUGGUUCUUUGGGAACCAUUAGUGUCUUUCAUAGUUUACAUCAAAAUACUCAACUAGUAACAAAUUUUGUUCAUGUGAUGUAAUUGUAUUGACAGCUACAUAGUUUUUCCUACCAACCCACUGUACAUGUAACCAUUAAGUUUGCUCCAAGUAUUUUUUUGUUUGUUACCAAAUUGUCUGUAGGAUAUAUGCACACACAGGAUGAUUACAGGGGACGUCUGUGUGUGAGAGAAAGAGAGAGAGAAAUGUUUGUGCAUUCUCACUAGUUUUGUAUUUGUUGGACAUCCUUUUUUUGAUGAGUAUUAAAAGUUUCUGUAGCCUUUCUUUGGUAUUCAGAGUCAUCAGUAUACUUUGUUAUAUAUUCUUACUUGUCAGUAUUUUUCCUUUUUACUUUGUUUAAGGUAAGAUCACUUAGUAACUUUUUAAAACUGAAGAAUCUAGUUUGUUGACUGAUUUUCCAGAGUGCAUAUCAUGUAUUACUAAGGUCCUCAUGUCUUGGAUGGGAUGAUUAUUUUUUUGUCAUUCCUCAACUUUCCUAUUAUUAAGGUUUAUUGUUUUCUUGUAUUUUAAUCAUAUUUUUUUUAUUAAUCUCUAAUAACUAUUUUACUAAGAAAUUUCUUUCAAUAACGUAUUUGGCCCUCUUCCCUACCUUAAUCAUAUAACCAUUUCUCCUUCAGCUGUUGCAGCUCUAUUUUCAGGUUUGUGUAUUCUUUCAAAUUCUGGCACCAUUCCAUCUUGAUACAUUGUAGAUUUAUAAUUAUCUGGGGCAUACAUAUUUCAUUGCCAGAGUGAAAGUGAAGCUUUCAGGUAACAGGAUGGCUUCUUGUUGUUCAUAAGUUGUUGCUUGUAGAGUAGCCAAGGUAUUAGUUAGAAGGCAGUGAUGGAGAAUGGCGAAUUCCCUGAAAUUACCAUUUGAAGGUAGAUCUGCAAUGAGCAUGAUUAAGGCUGUGAAAUUUAAUAAUCCAGAUACAGUGAUAAGUAUUAUGGGUGACAUGACAGAUAAACCCUCACCAUGAUAGUUGGCAUGUCAGAUUAGAUGAGUGUUGCUGUGUGAUAAUGCAGGCUGCAGAAACUAUAGGGAAUGUCUGUAUGGAUCUGGUGGUGUGGGUGCACUGUCAUGAAUCAAAAAGUUUUGGUAAUUAAUUUGAUGCCAUGCCUUCAGUUUUUGUUUGCUGAAAUUUUUUUUUUUAAUUUCAAAAUAAAUUAUGUAGUACCUGCAGAGUUAUUCUGUAAUAGGAAUGUUGUGUGUGUCUGCAUAUGUGCAUUGCAUGCUUAUAUGCAAACCAGCCUGUAGAUUACAUGAGUAAAAUUGGUUGUGAGGCAAGAUGAAAUGAUUUUUAUGGACCAAAAUUACAGGCACCAAAAAUUGUUUAGCUAAAGAAAAUUUUCAAAGUUAUGUUUUAAUCUUGUGCAUCAGGAUUUUAUAUUUGUGUCAUAUAGGUAAGAGCUUCCUAGAGUUUUCUCUUAAUUUUUUAUUGUUGUUGUUGUUCAGAGCAUUAUGUACAAUUUUGUGUGAUCUGUCUGGUCUCAUUAUGAAGUUGUUCAUCUUCACAUGAGACAUUUUCUGAGUAGAUAAAAUCCAAAUGAGCUGAGAUUAGAGCAGGGCUAGUAUUAUGUACUGUAUGUGAGUUGCUGCCUUUGACUUAAAUAGAAAUUUCAGUCUUGAAAUGUCUAAAAGUUCUAAUUACAUGACACCUACAAUAUAGACUUGUUUUUCUUUGCAUUUGUGAUUCUUUUUAUAUUCAUCAUUUAACAUCAUUGAAGUUUGUAAAACGUGUAAUACCAGCAUUUUUUUUAAAGCCCAACUCAAUUACUAGUAUAUAAAACUUAAAAGGUAUGAAUUUGUCUUUUGUUUAAUAACUUUAUGACAUCUUACAGUAUGGUGCAUACAAAAUGACCUCGUUCCUCCCAGAGUAAGGGAAGGAAUUACUACCAGUCUGGUAGUUUGGAGGAAUGUAUGACAGAAAACUUUGGUGACAUCAUCUUUAACAACAUAAUCAUCAGUGAUUGUUAUUCCUCAUGCCCACUGGACCAGGCAACAAGCUCAUAAGUAGAUGAUGAUGUGGUUUUGAUGGACAUGUUUUAAUGGUAUGCUCCAUGUCAGCGCUUUUAGUUGCCUCACCUUUAAACAGGUAGGCAGUACAGCCUAAGCUGCUGAUGCAGUGUCAAACACCACUCAUUGAUUCAUUCUGCUAAUAGCAGUCAUUAGCCAUUUUCUAGUCACAGUGUGCAUUAGGCACAAAGAAUGGUGUGUUACCUCAGUAAAUGUUUAGUCUUCACCAGGUUUCAUGUGAUACUUGUUCUGCGCAAAUGUUUCUCACCUUGUAUGAUGAAGCUUUUGUUGUUAUCUGCUUGGAGCUGUUUGUUGUUUCUUCCUCCAAGUGUUCAUUCCAAGUAGCACCUGUACUAUUGCAUGAUUGAACUUUUUUUUGUUAGACAAUGUGUACUGUAACUGAAAGCUGAUGGUAUUCAGUUUUUGACAGUAGAAGAUAUUAAACGAUAACAUACAA